AUGUUUCGUGAGCUUGUGUUUUUCGCUAUGUGCGCUUGGAGCUCUAGUGUUUGCGCUGCUAAGAAUCCAAUCAAUUACGAGCGCUUCUUCACUAUGUUGGCAAAUACUACAGAUUUCACGCGUGGAUUCCAUGAGCUGAUGGAGCGUAUGCAAGAGGAGAGUCAAUUUUUCGGUUUUUUUCUACUAAGGAACAAGCCGGCGGAUUGUGUGGAUGAGCAGUUACCAGAGAAUUUCGCGCUACCACUCCUUCAGGUCAACGCGAGCUAUCCUGUGUAUGUGCGUGGCACUGGCAACAGCUAUCUGUUAGCAAUUGUGUGUGUGAAGAAUUUCACCGAUAAGGAAUUUGUACGCAAAUUUGCGAAGGAUCUACAACAUCUACGCAAGCGACGAACUUUGGUUAUUUUUAACGGUCCUCUUGCAUCUAGUGCCGAAUCGGAAAUUGUGAAAUUUUUCCAAUAUUGCGAGGAACUCAAAUUUAUAGAUAUUGUGCUCAUACAUCGGGAUUUCGCAACCACACACAUCUAUCAUUCUUUUAACCAAUUUCCCGAAUUCGAACUGGAAACUCACGACAUGCGUUCCACAGCGCACAUCUACCCGAUACGUUUUACAAAUGUGGCCAAAAAGAGUUUACGCAUAUUGGUGGAGCAAAUUGAGCCAAGUACGAUAGUUGCAAAGGGCGAAGAUGGUGAAACUUACUUAGCCGGAUAUAUAGGUUAUUUCAUAACUACAUUCGUUGAAAGGUAUAACUUUUCGCUACAAAUACCUGAUGAAUAUAAUUCAUCUAUAAAUUGCGCUCUCACCCCGAGAGAGAUAUUGCAAUCAGCGCAUAAUGGUUCGAUCGAUGUGGGCGCAAGUUUAUCGACUCCUCAAAAAGAAGGGAAUUUACAUGAGUAUAUCUAUCCAAUCGAGUUAUUUCAAUAUCUAACCAUGUUGCCAGUGGAAGCACCGUUGGAAACAUAUCAAUUCUUCAUAAAAUUUUUUCGUCCUACUGUAAUAGUUGUACUUUUUGUCAUCGUUUGGUUGUUAUGCCUUAUUGCUGCUGUGCAAGAAAAGUUGGCACGCAGAACUUUACGCUGUAAUCGUAAUUUGUUGUUAUUGCUAAUAACUCCUUGGAAUCUAGAUUUACUGCGCUGUCUCCUCUGCCAGUGCACAAACAUUCAUGCCAAAUAUUUGUCUGUAAGUCGACGAAUAAUAUUUAUAUUGAUUUUUUCGCUGGGAGGCCUCUUGAGCAAUUUCUUCUCCACAAACUUGGCGAAAUGGCUUACAGUACCACCACACGAGGAAUUUAUUAACAAAUUUUCACAAGUUGCCGACCGAAAUAUACAAAUACAAAUACCAGAACCAUAUAUAGCCGAACUCAAGUUCUACCGUGGUGAAGACUUUUGGAACAAAUAUAGCCAUGUAUUCAAAGUAACGAAGACUGUUGAGGAGUUCCAGAGUAAUAUACGCAAAAUGGACUCACGUUAUGGUUACGCUAUGUCCUCUUUGGCAUGGUCAACAAUACAGGAGCGUCAAAAGUAUUUCGCUCGUCCAAUAUUUCGUUUAUCUGAAAGUCUAUAUUACACAAAGGGUUCGCUAUUGAGUUUACCCACAAGCAAUAAUUCAAUUUAUAAGGAUCUUUUAAGUGAUUUUUAUCUGCGAACCCGUGAAAAUGGUUUAUUAAGCCAUUGGUUUAAAAAUACUUUCUUUGCGAUGGUCAUGAUAGGACAAAUAAAUUUUGAAGAUUUAAGUCAAUCGCAGAAGCACGAUGUACUAACACUGAAGGAGUUUGAAUGGGUAUGGAUGGCAUAUGGUGUUGGGAUGGUGUUGAGUGUAUUGACAUUCCUGGUAGAACUACUGUGGAGAAAAUUACGUGGAAUUGCAAAAGCGUAG